AUGAGCAACGGACAAUCAACAGCAAAUGCAUCUACAGUUCCAAAAGGUGCAGAAGAUCGUCAACGUAUCAAACUUGAAGGAAUGCAAAAUGUUCUUCUAAUUUGGUUAGACAGUAACAUUGACGAAACAAAUGACGAUUGUCAAAAUACAAUUACAAAAUUACGGCAGGCUGUCAUUGACACAAAUACAUUUACAGAUGUUGAUCAAUGCUUUGAGUUCAUUGAAACAGUUGUCGAAAAAAAAGUAUGUAUGAUCAUAUCUGGAUUAAUUGGACAACAUUUUGUGCCUUUUGUACACAAUAUGUCUCAAAUUGAUUCAAUUUUUAUUUUUUGUGACAACCAAAAACAUAAUGAACAAUGGACCAAAGAUUGGCCCAAAAUAAAGGGUGUUUUCACAGAUACUACACUCAUCUAUCAAGCUCUCAAGGAAGCUACUCAUCAAUGCGAGCAGAAUGCUAUUCCCAUGAGUUUCGUGAGAUCAAACAAAAAGCUGGAUCAAUUAGAUCCUUCUUUUAUGUAUACUCAAAUACUUAAAGAAAUCUUACUAACGAUCCAGUUCGACCAAAACCACAUCCAAGAUUAUUUCGAAUACUGCCGUGAUGCUUUUGAAGGUAAGAAAAAAGAAAUUGAAAACGUUAAACGAUUAGAAGGUGAAUACCACAAUAAAACACCAAUUUAUUGGUACAGCUGUCAAAUGUUCCUAUAUCCCAUGCUCAAUCGUGCAUUACGAUUGAUGGAUGGUGAUAUCAUUACACGUAUGGGUUUCUUCAUUGGUGAUUUGCAUCGACAGAUUGAACAACUACAUCGGGAACAAUAUCCUGAUACAACUCCUGCUAACAUCUUUACCGUUUACCGUGGUCAAGGUUUUUCUACAGAAGAUUUUGAAACAAUGAGCAAAAUCAAAGGAAGUCUGAUUUCAUUCAAUAAUUUCUUAUCUACUAGUAAAGAUCGUGACAUUUCCUAUGCUUUUGCUGAGAGCAACCUGACCCAUCCAGAUUUAAUUGGAGUACUUUUCGUUAUGAAAAUCGAUCUGCUUCAAUCAACAACACCAUUUGCGUCAAUUGGUGGAAUUAGCAAAUUCCAAGGAGAAGAGGAAGUUUUAUUUUCCAUGCAUAGCGUGUUCCGUAUCCAGGAUAUCAAACAGAUAAGUGGAAAUAAUCGUUUAUAUGAAGUUAACUUGCAACUGACUGCUGACAACGAUCAAGAAUUGCACAGACUUACUGAUUACAUUCGACAAGAGAGUUUUGCAGACAGUGAAGGAUGGUACAGAUUGGGUUUGGUACUAAUUAAAAUGGGUCAAUUCGAUAAAGCUGGAGAUAUUUAUCACGUUUUACUUGAUCAAACAAACGCUGAUGCAGAUAGAACACCUAUUUAUCAUCAACUUGGUAUUUUAAAACGAGAUCAAGGAAAAUAUCAAGAAGCACUUACAUUCUGUGACCAAUCACUUGCUAUCGCUCAAAAAACUCUUCCUUCCAAUCAUCCUUAUUUGGCUUCUUCCUACAACAACAUUGGUACUAUGUAUAUCAAGAUGAGUAAUUAUCCAAAAGCACUUUCGUCUUAUGAAAAAGCCCUUGAAAUUCAACAACAAUCACUUCCUCCUAAUCAUCCUCAUUUUGCUGAUUCAUACAACAACAUUGGUUUGGUACAUGACAGCAUGGGUAAUUAUCCAAAAGCACUUUCAUCUCAUGAAAAAGCCCUUGAAAUCAAACUACAAUCACUUCCUCCCAAUCAUCCUGAUUUUGCUGAUUCAUACAACAACAUUGGUUCAGUGUAUGGCAACAUGGAUAAUUAUCCGAAAGCACUUUCGUCUUAUGAAAAAGCCCUUGAAAUUCAACGACAAUCACUUCCUCCUAAUCAUCCUCGUUUGGCUAUGUCCUACAACAACAUUGGUUUGGUACAUAAAAUCAUGGGUAAUUAUCCGAAAGCACUUUCAUCUCAUGAAAAAGCCCUUGAAAUCAAACUACAAUUACUUCCUCCCAAUCAUCCUGAUUUUGCUGAUUCAUACAACAACAUUGGUUUGGUACAUAACAGCAUGGGUAAUUAUCCAAAAGCACUUUCAUCUCAUGAAAAAGCCCUUGAAAUCAAACUACAAUCACUUCCUCCUAAUCAUCCUCAUUUGGCUAUGUCCUACAACAACAUUGGUAAUGUGCAUUACAACAUGGGUGAUUACUCAAAAGCCCGUACGUGUAUUGAACAUAGUAUACAAAUUGCACAACAGUCAUUAUCUUCAAAUCACCCAAAGCUUCAAAUGUUGAGAAAUAACCUCGAACGUGUAAAAAACAAAUAA